AGUUUUCCUCCUCCAUAAAAUGUGUUUGUACCGUGGCCAUGCACCUCUCAGCAGUGUUGGGAGUUCCUGCAUUCUGUGUUGCCGUCUUAGUGAUUUUCUACAAAUACCAUUCCCAUCCCUGUGGAAUGACAAACGAAGGGCCUCUUUAUGUUCUCAUGAUGCCGAUUGCCUUCCUUUCAUUGUGUCUCAUCUCCUACUUGUACCUAAAGAAAAAACCCAAGGCUAAAGAAAUACAACAAAGCCGACAUGAAGAUGUCAAGAUUCAUCUAACAGAACCACAAAUUGAAUACACCAGCCGUGUCCCUGAUGGUGGCAUUGGAGGACAACCAGAGGACGUCGGGAACCCUGAUUGUGAGGAACGUGAGCCUGGAGUGAUUGUAGACGUGAGAAAUGGCGAUCAGGAAAAUCCAGAGCAAGGAGCGAGCUGUGAGAACUCAACUGAGGAAGCCCCAGAAGACCAGCUGAUCCCGAAACCUGAGGAAGGCCAAUCACAGGGGUCCGUAGAGAUCCCAUGUAAGAGUCACUUGGGAGAAGCUCCAAACCACGAGGAUCCUGAUGGCACCGAGGACACAGAGGGACAAUGCUUACUGACUGUGCCAUCCGAGGCGGUGGCCUUGGACAAGGAUCGAGUAGCGAAUGGUUAACGAACAUUGAGGGGUUUUUAUUUUCAGGUCAAUUCCAAGUGGAAUCAUUCCGAUCCUUUCCCGGGUCAUAUAUGGAUUCUUCAGCAGAGACACCUGAGGAGGAUGAACCCGGGGAAGAAGAGUAGAAACGGGACGAGAAAAUACCGUAUGUGUGAUGACGUGAUGUACAAUACGUUGUGUAUGAACCCCAAUCUGUAUACUGAUACCGCGGCCUGUGCUUCCACGGAGCGAAGCAAGAAAUAAAAUACAUUCUCAUUGGUUGAUUUUUGAUGCAAGAUUUGUCCUGCAUUUACAGUAAUAGUA